GAGCGAUCAUCUUCAACUUGAUCUAUCAUAUGCGUCGGAUAGUGAUCACAUUCGCCGACUUGUUGUUUGGUACGACCAAUCCUUGGCUAAUAGCCCCAAGGAGUUUUCCGCAGGCUGCCUGAUUAGGGGUCCCUUGGCCUAUAUACCGAGUCUUCCGCCGCAGUUUUUCUUUCCCAACUACUACACUACUACUUCACCUCUUAGUCUGUUUUGAAAACUGUUAUCACAAUGGCGGCUCAUCGUGUUCUCUUACUUGGUGGCAACGGCAAGGUAGCUCGGUUGCUAACACCGAUGCUCCUUCAACGAUCAUGGGAGGUUGCGAGUAUCAUUAGAAGUCCAGACCAGGUUGCGGAGUUACAGCAGAUUGGAGCGCAGACGAAUCAUAAGGGCAAGCUAGAUGUUCUUGUCCGCAGCAUCGAAGACGUCAAGAGCGAAGCACAAGCCAAGACUUUGAUAGAUGAAGUAAAACCUGACUAUGUCGUCUGGAGUGCUGGUGCUGCAGGGAAAGGAGCACCGGAGAGGACUGAGGCAAUUGACCGCGAUGCUGCAUGUCAUUUCAUUCGCGCAUCCGUGGCAACCCCGUCGAUCACUAAAUUCAUAUUGAUAUCCUUCAACAGUUGUCGCUAUGAAAAGAUGUCCUGGGUGACGGAGGAGCAUUGGCAGGAGUAUCUCAAGACAACUCGCAAUCCAUUGAAUAGAUACUACGAGGCCAAGAUCGUAGCGGAUAAGGUGCUGUGGGAAGAAGGAAAGAAAAGAAAGGAUUUCGCAGCGGUUUCCCUCCGCCCAGGCAUAUUGACAAUGGAGCCCGUUGGCGGCGUUGCCUUAGGGAAAUAUCCGCGAGUAGCAGGAACAACGAGUCGUCCAUCCCUUGCGUAUGUUACGGCUUUGUUACUCGAUUCUCCCAACCUCAAGACUUCCUGGUUGGAUAUACUAGAUGGCGACGAGGAUCCAGAUGCAGCCGUAAAGAGAUGUAUUGAGCAAGGGGAAGAUUGUGCUGAAGGGGAACCCUUCUAUAAACCUUGAGUUAAACAUGGCGUACUAUCUUAGGUACUUAAGGCAAAUUUUGGGGCAAAAGGGGAAUUCUAGCCUUCAGUGUAUUUCACUCGUUCGGUAUAGGCUAAGUAACGCAAAAAUAUGAAACUUUGGCCUUUUGGCUUGUCAAAGUCACCAAUUAUCGCUUUUGAGUUGAUGCUAGAUUUCCUAGGGCUAUUUGCACUCUUGUAAAGUCUACCCUUAAUAGAAUACUUAGUGUUAAGUAUUUAGAGAUAGAUUAAGACUUUUGGUAGGUGAAUGACUAGCCCUUCUACCUC